CAAGGCAGUACACGGAGCCAUGCCUUCAGAUCAGAGAAAAGUGAAGCGGAGGAAUAGGUCAAGGUCCCGGGUCGCGAAAGUGGCUCGCUUAAAGAAGGCAACUUCUGAGGCAGCGGCAAGCGAGUUGAAUCCCGAGAGCAGCCAUCCCGGGCAUGAGGCUGCAAUGGGUAACGGGCCUAGGCCAGGAUGGCGGGCAUCUCUGCAUGGCUUCCGGGCUCAGGCUCACCGCUCUGUGACAAACAUGUGCCUCAACAAGCGCUUCUGGCUGUUCACGCUGUCUAUCUGCAUCCUGCUGUUGGUGUACUACUACAUGUACCCCGAAUUUCCAAAUGUGCCUCAAAUUGGAUGGAGCCGGAAAAACAAUGAAGAUGCUAGUGGCCAAUCUCUGGGAAAAGAUUUCGCAUUGGAAGCUCUGCUGAAUUUUUUCUUUCCAACAACUUGCAUUGUCAGGGAAAAUCGGGUGGUAAAAGCUUGUAAUGAGCUGCAUGAGCUUAAUGAGAGUGAAUGUUUGAGACAGAAAUGCUGUUUUUCAUCAUCUGGGACUGGUAGAUUCAAAUGUUUUGCUCCAUUAAGAGAUGAGCCUAAACAGAUGAUGCGAAUGUGUGGGGUUGGUGUAGUCAGCCUCGUGAGCCUGGGAUAUCUGUCCUUUUAUUGCUGCUCUCUUUGCUGCAGGAGGAAACGGGCCAAUUAUUUGCAAGGCAAUGUCAAAAACGUUGAAAAGAGUUUGAAGAAACAAAGAAGUGGGCGAAGGAGGAAGAAGGAACAGAAAGGAGCAGGAGGAGACGAGAAAGAUGAUGAGGAGUAGCAAGAGACCAAAGAGUAUUAUUUUCCCCUCGAGACAACAUAAGCUAUCCAGAGCAGAGGGGACAGUCUCAGCCAUCCACACCUGAUGGAGCAUUUUGGAAAGUUAAAAAUUGAUUCUUAUUUUUGUCAUAUUUACUUUUAAAUAUGAAAUAAAGCUGACUUCUGUUUUUGUGCAUCAAA